UCCCCUCCCUGGUCUCCCCUCCACCCCCUCUCCGCCCGCCCGCAGCUCGGGAGCCGCUGCAGGUUCCCAGCACUGACGUCAGCAGGCGAUGACCUCAGCGCUGAGGAGGUGGCGGGGGCGGAGGAGGGGUGAGGCGUGUCCACGGCGACCCCACCGGCGUCCCCUGUCCUUCGCCAAUGGGCACCGCCGCCGCUGGCCCCGCCCUCACGGAGCCUAUGAAAGGCGCGGUCCCGGGGAAGUCCGCGCAGAGCUCGAGGAGCGGCCAGGCGGCGACCCUGGCUCCCCGGCAGGACCCGCGGACACCUCCACCUGCUCCCGGCGUUACGCAGGACGUGAGCCACGGGCAGAGAACCGACAUGGUCCCGGAGAUCGCUGCUGCCGUGGGCUUCCUCUCCAGCCUCCUGAGGACGCGGGGCUGCGUGAGCGAGCAGAGACUCAAGGUUUUCAGCGCGGCGCUCCAGGAGGCGUUAACAGAGCACUACAAGCACCACUGGUUUCCCGAAAAGCCUUCCAAGGGCUCUGGCUACCGCUGCAUCCGCAUCAACCACAAGAUGGACCCCAUCAUCAGCAAGGUGGCCAGCCAGAUCGGACUCAGCCCGCCCCAGCUGCACCAGCUGCUGCCCAGCGAGCUGACCUUGUGGGUGGACCCCUAUGAGGUGUCCUACCGCAUCGGGGAGGACGGCUCCAUCUGUGUCCUCUACGAGGAGGCCCCGGUGACUGCCUCCUGCGGGUUUCUCACCUGCAAGAACCAGAUGCUGCUGGGCAGAAGCAGCCCCUCCAAGAGCUACGUGAUGGCCGUUUCCAGCUAGACACCGCGCUGUGGCCGCAGCCACCUGCCGCCGGCCGGCUCCAUGCUGAACUCAUCCUGCCGUGACCACAGGCCGCCGCAUACCUCAACCUGGGGAACUGUGUUUUUACAUGAAGAGCUAUUUAUAUAUAUAUAUAUAUAUUUUUUUUUUU